AUGGCUCCUACCACUCCCAGCAAGGUCCCCUGCACCUUCCCCGGCUGCAGUCUCAUCUUCGACUCCCCGAACGAAAUGAUAAGACAUAAGAUCCUUGAACCCUACCACGAGUACUGCAAGCGCUGUUACGAAGACUUCCCAGAUGAGGAGCGUCUGCUCAUUCACAAGAUGAGGAGCAGCAAGCACAUUGUCUGUCCUAUUUGUGGCUCCGAAUAUCGUUCUGAAGGCGGUCGCGACGCCCACAUUCGCCAGGAGCACCAGGCCAAGCAAUCCAUCACUUGCCGUGGCUGCAAGGAAAGAUUCACCAGCGCCAGCGGCCUGAUGCGCCACAUCGAAGACGGCGAAUGCCCUGUCAUUAGCCAGUUCAUGCUCCUGAAAGAAAGGUCCAAGAAGAUGAUGAUCAAGGAGGCCCUCAAUGCCGGCGAGGGUUCGCCGAUGCCACUCAUUCCGGACCCCGCUGAAGCCGACGACAUCAAUGGCGGCGUCAAGAUCCAGUCCGCCGAGGAAAGAAACCGCGAGGCCAUGAUGAACCAGCCUUUCGUCGUCAGAGCCGGUGCUACUGGCUUUACCUCUGCCGCUCUGGCGACUGAACACUGGCCUGCCCUGAAUGGAAGCAUCAAGGUCUCCGACGAGGAUUUGCCUUAUGACGUGCUGAACCUCUCAGGCUUGGACAUCUCGUCUCAGGAAAACAAGUCUCUUGUCUGGAAGGGCAAGGCUCGCGCCGCAUCAACACUGAGCGGAGAGUCUGUGUUGGGCGAUCGUCAGUUUGCUAUCGCACCUCCUAAUGCAGGCCAGACUCUUCGUCUGAUGGAUCAGCGCUGGGAUGCCAUCAACUUCCUCAACUCUUUCAGUGGCGAGUAUGUGUGCCCCUGUGGCACUGCAUUCAAGAUUCGAGAGGAUUUCGAAGAGCACGUGUUGAGCAAGAGCCGAUCCAACCGCAUGGCGCAGUGUCCUCGCUGCCGCCGCCGAUUCAAAACCACUGCCGCCCUCAUCGCUCAUUGUGAGUCUGCAAGCACUCGCUGCGACAUCAACGACGGGGAGAAGUACGGACAGGUCAUCGACGAAUUGACCGGAGGCGUGAUUCAGGCUGUGGGAACCCUGACUGACGGAACAGUUAAGUACGAAGCGGGCAAAUUGGACAUUCCGAAGACCCAUACUGUGGGUACUAACUUACGUCCCAACCCGCGCACCGUCAAGUGGUGA